AUGAAGCUUCUGGCCAUUUACUUCUUUUUGUUGGGCUUGAGUGUCAUUGCUGUGCAAGCGUAUGCCCGUGCAGAGGAAUGCAUCUUCCGGAAGCUGUAUGGUAGGGAUGCCGACAUUUGCAGAGGAGGGUUAGAAGUUUUGUAUCCAGAACUGGGAGAUGUUGGCUGUACAUAUAUCCCGAAAUGCAGCCAGUACCGAAAGCGGAUCACCAAGGAAUGGAACAGCCCAUAUGUCAGAUACCAGAAGGCAGACAGGAAUAAACAGUAUGUUCUGAUCAUGGUGGAUCCAGAUGCCCCUAGCCGAGCUAAUCCAAAAUAUCGUUACUGGAGACACUGGAUUGUCAUCAACAUCGGAGGGGCUGAUCUGAAAACUGGGAGGGUGCAAGGCCAUGUUUUAUCAGACUACAUACCACCUACUCCACCAUCUCGUAGUGGAUACCACCGCUACCAGUUUCAGAUCUAUGAACAGCCAGAAUAUGAAGCCAUAUCCUUAAGCACAGAAGAAAAAGCAUUUUCAGGUUCCUGGAACAUGGAGAACUUUGUGUAUCAGUUUAGGCUGGGAGCACCUGUGGCUUCAACCCAGUUCCUCACUGCUAACUACAGAGACUAG